AACAUAAACAAAGACGGGACGUAGCUCUGCAUUAAACUUUAUCCUCCCGAAUUUGCAUGCAAAUAGUUCCGGAAAAACAAAGAACCUUUUAUAUCUGUAGCAAUGGAGAAAGCACUACUCAUGCGAGUGAGCGUCUUUACCGAUCAGGGAGGGAGGAAAUACAUGGAAGAUGUCACCGAGGUCAUAGUGGAGCCCGAGCCGGGAGAAGAUGAGCCUACGCCGGGUGAACGAGACGAUGGUAGUGGGAGCGAUUGUAAAUGCAGCUCUCCGGCUGGUAAUUCGCAUUCAGACAAUAUUAGUGAGACAGCGGAAACCCCAUGUGUUGAAAACGAAUCAUGCGAGUUAGACCAAACAGAAGGCCAAAGUAAAUAUGUCGAGACUUUAUCGUCGUCUGGAAGUCAGAGCCCACCUCGGCUUCAACCGAGUACCACAAGUCGUUCCCGCCGUUCCGUCGCUUUCUUCGCGGUCUUUGACGGCCACGGGGGUCGUGAGGCUGCGCAGUUUGCCCGAGACUAUUUGUGGGAAUUCAUGAAGAAGCAGCGUGGAUUUUGGUCCGACUGUGACCGAGAAGUGUGCUCGGCGAUACGCAAAGGAUUCGUUGCCUGCCACCAUGCUAUGUGGAAAAAGCUACCUGAAUGGCCAAAAACGCUUACGGGCCUUCCUAGUACGUCAGGCACUACUGCCAGUGUAGUUGUCCUCAGAGGAAACCGUAUGUAUGUGGCCCACGUUGGAGACUCUGCUGUUGUUCUUGGGGUCCAGGAUGACCCUGCAGUCCCGUACAUUAGAGCUGUAGAAGUGACACAAGACCACAAGCCGGAAUUACCCAGAGAGAGAGAGCGUAUUGAAGGCCUGGGUGGGAGUGUGAUCAAGAAGUCAGGAGUCAACCGAGUGGUUUGGAAGAGGCCGAGGCUCAGUCACAAUGGACCAGUUCGUCGCAGUACAGUGAUUGACCAGAUCCCUUUUUUGGCAGUGGCUCGAGCUUUAGGUGAUCUGUGGAGCUAUGACUUCUACAGUGGGGAGUUUGUGGUCUCUCCGGAGCCAGACACCAGUGUGGUGGUCCUUGACCCCAGAAAACAUCGCUACAUUAUCCUGGGCAGCGAUGGUCUGUGGAAUAUGGUGCCGCCUCAAGAGGCCAUCUCCAUGUGUCAGAACAGUGACGAGGAAAUGCCAUCGUGUAGGGUAUCGAGUGCCAGGCAGCUGGUCAGCCAUGCUCUGCUGCGGUGGCGGCAGCGGAUGCUGCGCGCUGACAACACCAGCGCCAUCGUGAUCGCCCUGCAGGAGCCUGGCAACUCCCAAGAAACGUUGCACAGCGAUGAGGUGCUGCUCGACCUGGCCAAGGUAUCCCAGUGCCCCCCCACCUCAAUAUCCCGUGCAGACACGCCGCUGCUACAGCGUACUCAGGAUGAAGACUCUAACUCUUCCAUUUGUGACUUCUUGCCUGCGCUCGAGCGACGGGACGGACUGUCUGGAAGCAGCAGCUUGUACCAUUUGAAUUUAUCUGACCCCUUUGCUCUAACGUCACUGGGUCCAGACAGCAGUACGGAGCUGCCAAGCCAAUCGUGCCCUUCCGAUAGGACAGUAAGCAGCAGGACACCAAACGGCAAAAGAACUUUAAAUGGAUCGCCGCCAUCAAGCCUGCUGUCAAAGAAAGCCCGGCACAGUACUUCCGACAGACCACCGCUGGCUCAACACAACGCAGAGAAAAAACAGGACUCUAAUAAUGUCUCUCCCAUCCUCCAGCAGCAUAACAAGACCACACUGUGUGUGUGCUAAAAUUACGUUCCCACUGUCGGCCUCUCGUCCCUAUGCGUGCAGACGUACUGCACGUUGUUACAGCUCAGCCUUACUUUUAGGGUUGAAUUGAGCCUCCAUUUGUUACUUAAACUGUCCUUUGGGGAAAAAAAAAUUUGUUUAGUUUUGGAUGAAUUGUAUGUGUGUGUCUGUGUGUCAUCUUUUUCUCAAAUUCUUUGAUGAAAUGCUGAAAAAAAAGGAACAGUGUGUGGGAUAUUAUGACAUCUAGUGGAGAGAUUUGAUAAUGGGCUUGCCUCCACAUUAAGCUGCACACCAUCUUUUUUAAACUUUGUUUUUUAUUCUAAUGAAAUCUUAUUGAUGAAUAUCAUAUUGUGGUUCUGGCAAUGGAUGUUUGUAAAUCCUACACACUGGAACUUUAAAUGUGUCUUAUUUCCCCCUAUGUCUCUGGUAAUAGCUGUGAGUUUUAAGUAUGACUAAUGUUACUGGUAUACAUAUUAAGCGUUUUAUAGCUGAGUAUUUAAUUAAUUCAAACUGUUUAUGUAAAACAAAUAUAUUUUUUAUACCUUCUGUUAUUGUAUGAUAUGAAACAUCUGUUUCCCUUUCCAGAGGAACUCCACCACAGCUGUUAACAUAACCUAAUUAUCUAUUUUAAUUUUAUUUAAUCACUGGAAAUUUGUCUUGAAUAUAAACUGACGGUGCUGCUAUAGUCACAAAUGAUUAUGUUAGUCCAUUGUAUAUAUGGAUAUAAAAUUAUAUGUAAUGCAUGUCAGUGACAUUUUUCUUUUGGAAGUUCACACUUUUCAUCAGGCAGUUUAUCUCAUAUAAAGCGUCUAACAGCAAAAGGUGUUUUUAGGUCUUAGUUACACAGUGCAUCUUUGGAAAAAAUCCACUAUCACUUCUAAUUCAAUGCUUUUGUUUGUGAUGAAGUUAACAGUUUGGUGUCUUUGCUCUC